AUGUCGGACACGGAGAAUAUUUUGCGUGGUGUUCUAGAUAAUUUAUUGGUCAAUCAUGGCUACAAACUCAAUUAUGUGACAAUUAAGAGCAAACCCACACAUGGGGCGAGUUUUAGCUCCAAACUUUUCUCGAUUAACGUCAAAUCAUCUGAAGGUGACUUGAAAUUAUUCGCUAAAGUUGGAGUCGUUCGUGGCAAGUGUUCAGAAUGGAUGUUUUCCACUGAGAGGUUUGCAUUCAACGAAUUAGCUAAAAUCUACAGUGACCUGCAGGUAAAAUACGAAAUUUCUGAAGAAGACAGAUUAAAAUUUCCCAAAUUUUAUGGAAGCAGCAGAAUGGGUGGAAAAGAGACUAUUAUAUUAGAAGAUUUAGUUGCAUCGGGAUAUGAAACAUUUGAUAGAUUUAAAUGUUUUGACUGGGAGCAAGCGUCUAACAUCGCUCUUUAUCUUGCGAAAUUCCAUGCUUUGUCAUUUGCAUUCGCAAAGGACUAUCCGAAAGAGUUUGAGAAAGUAUUGAAUAUGAAAUAUGAAAUAUGGAGUAGGGUAAACGAAGAAGAUGCAAAAGCUUAUUGGGCUAAGACCUUAGCUGGAUCCCUAGCAGUAAUUAAAAAUGAGCAAAGGGGUCGAGUGGCAAAGUUUUAUGAAUCCCUGCCAAAACCACAAACAUACACUAAACCUAUUGGCACACCAGUACUUUCGCAUGGGGACUUUAGGCUAAGCAAUUUGCUAUACAAGAAAACGAACGAGAAAGUACAAGCGAUUGCAGUGGACUUCCAGACUGUGUACGCAGGUUGUCCGGCUACCGAUCUGGUGUAUCUAAUCUUCCUUGGCUCAGACGAGGAGUUCAGAGCUGAAUACUACGAGAAGUUACUCGACCAUUACUACAACAGUCUGUCCAAGAUGAUGGAAUGGCUUUCUAUCGACUCCACUGAGGUUUAUCCGAGAGAAGAGUUCGAUAGAGACAUGAAAGAGAAUCUACCAUACGCAAUGCUCAUCGGUGCCACAAUCCUUCCAACAGUUGUUGUAGAAGAAGACGCAGCACCGGACCUUGGAAACUUUGAUUAUAAUCAAUUCGUAAUGUCACCAAAUGAAAUAUUUGCUAAGAGAUUCCGUGGUAUUGUCAGUGAUUGUAUACGCUGGAAUGUCAUUUAA